AUGAGUGAGAAAGAUAACUUGAUCGUGCCUAAGUUUGAUGGUGAUUACGAGCAUUGGGCUAUGCUCAUGGAAAACUUGUUGAAGUCGAAGGAAUGGUGGGAUCUCAUCGAGACAGGGAUUCCAAGGGUGGAGAGGAAUGUGAUCCUCACCGGUGCACAACGAACGGAGAUGGCGGAGAAGACCGUCACAGAUCACAAGGUGAAAAACUAUCUCUUUGCCUCCAUAGACAAGACGAUUCUCAAGACAAUUUUGAAGAAGGAGACUUCAAAGGAUUUGUGGGAAUCAAUAAAGAGGAAGUAUCAAGGGAAUGAUAGAGUUCAAAGUGCGCAAUUGCAAAGGCUGCGCUGA